AGUUGCAUAGAAAAGGUCAUUUCAAAUUUAGACUAGGAUACUUCUUCACUCCCCGAGGUCAGUGUUGUGAGCAAAACUAGCUAGUCGAAUUAUUAUAUCCUCGCCACGAAAAAUGGGCUGACUUUAGGACUGCGGAAAGAAAUGGCUCUGCUGUUGCCCUAGCCAUCACCUAUUGCGGAUCCUAUCCCUCGAGCGACUUGGCCAAUCAGUGCGUAUCAGCGACACAUGAACGGUGAUUUCCACGGAAUGGCUCGCGGAACAAAGAAGCCGCCCGUCGUGAAUUCCCGUAUCGGUAGAUAGAGAGAAUUCGCCGAUAAAACAGCACAGAAGAGUAAAGUUAGUGCGGCUUGGGUGAAAUAAAAUGAUUAUCUUCGACGCGUAAUAGAAAAAAAAGUCCAACGUUUUUUUGUGCUCAAGGAGAGAACUUGGCGUCGUGAGGGCUUUUGUCGGUCGCGAGGCGAGGCUUUUGGCUACAUUGGAACUUGCGAGUUUCCUCUGACAGUGGACUGAGUGUCUCUGUGAGCGUCUCUCAACCUGGGACGACUGCUCUUCUGGCCACAGCGUCCAUGAGGUAACGGCGGGAAGCCCCAUACUACCCUCGCUCCAUCCCCCCCCUGCAGCGAUGGGUCAGAAGAUCUCAGGCAGCAUCAAGUCAGUGGACGCACGGGGUGAGCCUUCAUACCGUCCGGUCCGCCGUGAGCUGCGGGGUCCAGACUUCUGCCGGCCUCCUCGUUUGGACCUGCUUCUGGACAUGCCCCCUGCGACCUCUGACCUGCAGCUCCACCACGCCUGGAACCCCGAAGACCGCUCGCUCAACGUCUUUGUCAAGGAGGAUGACAAGUUGACCUUCCACCGCCACCCGGUGGCCCAGAGCACCGACUGCAUCCGCGGCCAGGUGGGCUACACACGGGGGCUCCAUGUCUGGCGGAUCCACUGGCCGGUGAGACAACGAGGAACACACGCUGUUGUAGGGGUGGGCACGGCCGACGCUCUUCUACACUCUGUGGGUUACACGGCCCUGGUGGGUUCGGACUGUGAGUCGUGGGGCUGGGACUUGGGCCGGAACAGACUCUACCAUGACAGUAAGAACCGGCCGGCCUCCACCUCGGCACCAACAUACCCGUGUUUCCUGGAGGCAGACGAGUCGUUUGUUCUGCCAGAUGCCCUGCUGGUGGUGCUGGACAUGGACGAGGGCUCAAUCAGCUUCAUGGUGGACGGCCAGUACCUGGGCGUGGCCUUCAGAGGGUUAAAGGGCAAGAGGCUGUACCCCAUCGUCAGCGCCGUGUGGGGACACUGUGAGGUCUCCAUCCGCUACGUCAAUGGACUGGAUCCGGAGCCCCUCCCCCUGAUGGACCUGUGCAGGCGAGUGGCCAGGCUGGCUCUGGGGCGGGACCGACUCAACCAGAUAGACACCCUCCCUCUGCCAGAGACCCUCAAGAACUACCUCCAGUACCAGUGACCCCACACAUUCACCAGGACAACGAACGACUGACUGCUUGACGGCAGCUACAUUUCACUACAGUCAACCCCCAAAAAUGUAACCCUGACCCAUUGGACAUCUACUCAGGAUAAUGAUGAUGGUCUGGAGGAAGCCUAUGAAGGAGUUCCGAGUUUCUUUUUAGGAUUUGUCUGUUUUUUAAAUUUGUUUUUAUUUUAUUUGCUCACUGCUGUGAUGGUUGAUGGACAGAGGGACGAUUAACGGAAGAAGGGGGGUGGGCUUGAGACUGGACUGUAGCGGAAGUGUCGGGCUAUGAUGCUGACUUCUCAUUGGGUAUAUGGGUCUGUAGUGCUUCUAGAAUAUGUGCCUGGAGGAACAGGGCGUUUGGGGAUGAUGCAUAUAGACAUCAUACAUAGUUACUGUAUAACUAUACAGAUUCUCUGGAAGGCUCUCGGAACAUCUAGAUAUUUAUAUUUAGACCCUAUAGCAGGCUCCACUGAGACUCACCAGCCCCUAGCCACAGGGAGUUAGAUAUUUAUAUUUAGACCCUAUAGCAGGCUCCACUGAGACUCACCAGCCCCUAGCCACAGGGAGUUAGAUAUUUAUAUUUAGACCCUAUAGCAGGCUCCACUGAGACUCACCAGCCCCUAGCCACAGGGAGUUAGAUAUUUAUAUUUAGACCCUAUAGCAGGCUCCACUGAGACUCACCAACCCCUAGCCACAGGGAGUUAGAUAUUUAUAUUUAGACCCUAUAGCAGGCUCCACUGAGACUCACCAUCCCCUAGCCACAGGAAGUUAGAUAUUUAUAUUUAGACCCUAUAGCAGGCUCCACUGAGACUCACCAGCCGCUAGCCACAGGGAGUUAGAUAUUUAUAUUUAGACCCUAUAGCAGGCUCCACUGAGACUCACCAGCCCCUAGCCACAGGGAGUUAGAUAUUUAUAUUUAGACCCUAUAGCAGGCUCCACUGAGACUCACCAGCCCCUAGCCACAGGGAGUUAGAGGAUGGAAAACACACAGGCAGGAAAACAUCCUUGAAUGCAUGCAUAUGCAAACACUCGCUCAUGCUCAGAGGGGCUCUUUUCAGUGUGAGUAGCUUGAGGUUUUAUGCAUGUGUGGGUUGGUGCGUGUCGGCCUUGCUCCGCAACAGGCAACCCGAGGCAUCAGUCAGACCCACUCUGACCCCACUGAGUUUGGGGACACUGCAGCCCUGAUAUAUUUUAGUGCCCUGCUGCACUACACCUCCCUCUCAACUGGCAGUCUCUUUAUUUAUCAGCGGAUUUCAUUAGGUCUCUGUCUGGGUGAGUGACUGGGUCUCAAAUGGCACCCUAUUCCCUACAUAGUACACUACGUUUGAUCAGCCUGAUCAGGAGUGCACUACGUUUGAUCAGCCUGAUCAGGAGUGCACUACGUCGGGAUAGGGUGCCGUUGUGGACAUACCCUGGGAUGUUGUCAGUCAGUCUGUGUGUUGAAGUUGAUCAGAGGGCCAAUCUGCUAUUACGGUUUAUGUGCCUGCGCAGAGAAAGCACACGACACCUCUGUCACAGGAGACUUUAAAAAAAAUGUAUAUGCUGCUUUGUUUUUUCACUCCUCCUGUUCUUAACCCGAUGGUGAUAUUCCUCUUUUAAAUACAUUUUCUCUUUUUAUGAA